AUGCCAAAGGGUGAAGCAGAGUACUUCUUCACAUACAGGACCAAUGUGAAGGAGCGGUGGUACAGGAAACCCAUUAUAGAUGUCCUUGUUUCUGAAUUCAGAACAAGGACCAGAGAUUAUUUCCUAUCAGCACUGGAGUGUGGGGUGAUAACAGUUAAUGGGGAGGCAGUGAAGCCCACAAGAAUUCUCGGGAUGGGAGAUGUUAUAAGACACACGGUUCAUAUCCAUGAUCCCGCACACCCGGAGAUCGGUGUUAUAAAGGAGGAGGGAGACUAUAUCGUUGUAAAUAAGCCGCCGGGGAUUCCGUGCCAUCCUACGGGUGGGUAUAGAGAAUACUGUGUCACAAAGGCGCUUUUUGGGGACGAGAAGGUGGCUUGUAUCAACAGGCUGGACAUGCCUGUGUCUGGAGUUUUGAUUCUUGCAGUAAGAAAUCACUCCAAGUGCCUGGAGGCAAUCAGGGAUGCCAAGAAGAUCUAUGUUGCAAAGGUCUAUGGGAUGUUUCCCGACAAAGUGGAUGUGGAUAAGCGGAUCGGAUGCACUGAGGGUAGGUACCGGCACGUAAACGCCGGGGGAAAGGCAUGUCUGACGCUCUUCAGAAGACUGGAGUACAGAGAUGGAUAUUCGCUUGUGGAGUGCAGGCCCGUCACAGGACGCACACACCAGAUCAGGAUUCAUCUCCAAAGUAUUGGAUUUCCAAUUGCAAACGACAUAAUGUAUGGAGACGGAGAGGCACCUCCACCACCUCAAAAUGAUGGUGUCUGUAAUGCGGAAAUAGAUGGGUUUGACGACAAAAGGAAGUACGAGUGCAUAGUGAGACAUUGCAAGGGAAGAAACAACAGAUCCUUUAUCACUAAAGACCAUUACAUCUGCCUCCAUGCAUGGAAGUACACCUACAACGGCAUAGAGUAUGAGGCAGACCUGCCAGGGUGGUGCUCUGGAUGGAGCCUGGCAUCAUAA